AUGGGUUCUCUGGAGUGCUAUUUUUUGGAAGCCGUUAGUGGAGAUAGUUCUCUGGACUGUGAUGGACGGGUGCUUUGCGGAUGCAUAGCAACUCUCGGAAAGGAAAUCCUGCUCUUGCUGGAUCACAGAAUCAGAUUUUCGCCUCUGAAGUGCAGAGAUCAAAAGGCAAACGCAAAGAAAGAUCGAAAAGAAAAAAUGGAGGGCGAAAUAAACAACUUCAUAAAGGUAUGGUUCUCAGUCUUCGCAAGCCUUUCCUACUGCUAUGCAAUUAGUAAAGUAGUCUCCAAAGGUCCUACAAGACUCCUUUGUGUACUUCCAAUCGUCUGCUUCUUCAUCUUCCUUCCCCUCAAUCUCCAUUCCAUUCAUCUUGGAGGCACAACUGCAUUUUUCAUUGGCUGGCUUGCCAAUUUCAAGCUCCUACUGUUUGCUUUUGGUAAAGGCCCCCUCUGUUCUGACGACUCCAUCCCUCUGGGACGCUUUGUGGCUGUGGGCUGCUUUCCCAUCCAACAAAACAUACCUUCAAAACCAUUAAUGGAGAAACCCACAAACAGUACCCCAAACAAAACAAACCCUUCACCAACAUUAAUGUCACAUCUAAAUGGCCACCACAAAGAACACCCCAUUUCCAAUAAGUCAAGAGUUGACCAAAGAUUCCCUGUAGGGUAUGCAGUAAUGGGUUUGCUUUUGGCCCUUCUGGUACGUGUCUAUGACUAUAGUGAGCAUAUCCAUCCAAAGGUCAUAUUGCUUCUAUAUUGCUUGCACAUAUACCUUUUCCUUGAAGUCAUCCUAGCCAUGGUUGCAGCCCUGGCUCGAGCCCUACUAGGAGUGGAGCUAGAGCCACAGUUCAAUCAGCCAUACCUCACCUCCUCACUGCAAGACUUCUGGGGCAGGAGGUGGAACCUCAUGGUCACCAACAUCCUACGCAUCACUGUAUACGGUCCCACCCGCCAUGCCGCCACCCGUGUCAUCGGGCACAAGUACUUGGCCCAUAUUCUGGCCGUAUUCGCCACAUUCGUGGUGUCAGGGCUCAUGCACGAGCUCGUGUUUUACUACCUAGGGCGCUUGAGGCCAACGUGGGAGAUCACCUUGUUCUUCAUCCUCCACGGUUGUUGUUUGACAGUCGAGAUUCUCUUGAAGACAUGUUUCUCAGGCAGGUGGCGGAUGCCUCGGCUGAUCUCGGGGCCCCUGACAAUUGGAUUCGUGAUAGUCACCAGCUUUUGGCUGUUCUUUCCACAGUUCCUCCGGUUUAAGGCUGAUAAGAGAGCAUUUCGAGAAUAUGCUGCAUUGGGCGAAUUCGUGAACAACGUCACUAGCAGAAUCCGAUCGACCUCCGAGUUUCCAAAAAUGAAUUCAAGGUGAAAGUAGUCUCUGUGUAGUGUGUAAUAUCGCGCUUCGCUUUACAUUUAGCAGG